AUGUCAAUGAUUCGCGCCGUGCCAGCUGGACUCAAUCAUUGCUCCCAAGACCCCUUGCGAAAUAGGCUCACUACAAAGACCAUGUCCCCGUGCAGGAACGUCACCGCUGCUCCAAUCGACUCAGUCCCUUACGAGGUGCUUGGAAGAAUCUUCUUAUACUAUGUAUACCAUUUGGACGAGCCGGCAAACGAGACAGCGUCCCACCCUAUCGCGGCGGCGGACAAAUUUAACCAGAACUCGCCCCUCUUACUCUCCUCCGUCUACUCGCGCUGGCGUACCGUUGCUAACGGCACACCAGCCCUCUGGGCCAAUAUAGCUGUCGACAACCCUUCGGAGAACACUGUGUUCAUAUUCCAGCUAUGGCUCGAACGCUCCCAGGGACUCCCCCUGGAUCUUACUAUCAUCCAAAAUUUCUGCAACCGUUCGCGUCACCUUUAUGGCCCCAAUAGCCCACUUGGACAGAUCGUCACUGCCGCAUUGACCCAAUCGUUCCGGUGGAGGAAUAUAAAAAUUUUGGCUCCGGAGAGAGAACUAAACAUCCCAAAGUGGAUGUCUAUGCCCAACCUCAAAUCCCUCGACGUUGCCAUUUUUAUCGAGCGAAAUUUCAAAUUGCGCCUACACCGCGAACUCUACUCCAGAAUCUGUUCGGCCCCGACACUGCAGACCGUCAAAUUCUCCGGCCAAUGUUUUCGGCCCUCCUGGAUACCCGGCAUCCAUUGGAGCAGCAUCACGACUGUCAAUAUUGACGAAAGCAUAUCCUCAAACAAGUUAUUGAAGAUGUUCAAACUGGCCUCAUCGAUUCGAAAAUGCUCGAUCAAGAGACUCUUUCUCACAUCGGCAGCACGCAAGCAGAACUUUGGGGUGAUCGUGGCACCCUCCCUCCAGGAACUCGAACUACGGUUCACUGAAGGGUGCCCCUAUUUCUUGGACCACCUCAGUUUACCUGCGCUGGUCAAAUUGACUUUAGAAGUCCCAUCCCCAUUUUACGAGUACUAUGGGGUGCAGGUACCACCCCGGGCUGGUCUAUGGCAGCGUAUUGCACAGCUGGGAGAACGAUCAGAGUGGAAAUUGACCGUCCUCGACUUCCAUUGCAUCACUCGCCGAAAUGAAUCCUCCAGCCACAACAUCGGGACAUGGGCGGCAUCACCAGCAUUCGCCCACCUGACAACCUUUCGCCAUCACGGAGAAGGUGCAUCACGGACACCUGUUGAGAGCUUAAGCGCCCUCACUUUCCGGGACACCUUCAAGCCUAUGCCUCAACUCGAAACACUCGAUUUGGAAUUGGGCUUUCCAUACCCCAUGGAAGACACAGACGAGGCGAUAUGCGAGUUACUUCUGAGCCGAACGAAAGGUAUCAACGACGCUACCUUGCGAUACGCGAACUUCAAGAUGAAAUUGGAUUCAGACAUCUUGGAUAAAUGUUUCCCUCUGUUCACCGACCUAGAGAUUCCUGGCGUUGUGAUAGAGUGCACUUGCCUGUAUCCUUCGUAA